GUGUGGACUUUGUGGACCGGUGUGGAUAGUAGGAAUCCUGUUCGGAAAUUAAAAUGGCGUCAAUCGAAGAAGGUGAUGUUGUUCUCGAAGAAUCUGGCAUUCGCCAUACUAGGGCUUCUCGAGCAGUUGCCACUAGGAGGAGGACUGGUCGAAAGAAGACAGCAGCUCCAGCGAGAACAACCAGGUCAAAGAGAAGUACACGUGCGCUGGUCACUGUUGAUUCAGAUGAGGAGAAUGAAGAAGUUCAGGAGGAACUGAGUCAGACUAUAUCAGAUGCAGAGACAUCACAGGGCCAUGCUGAUGAGCAAGGUUCACCAGAAGCACCUAAAGAUGAUGAUGAGGAUGGUGGUGGUGACAGCGAUGAUGAUGAGGUUGGCCAUUUACUCUCUGCAUUGAAUACAAGUACAGAAGAGGGCAGUGCAUUAGAGAAUGGGGUAGGAGAAGGCAGUCACAACAUUGAGGACGAGCAAGAUGCAGAAGAUGAAGACAGUGUUGUAGAAGACAUUCUUACUGCUCAGGUUACAGAAGGGAUUGAGGAAGCGGAAGAUGACACCAACGUUGUGACAGUUAUAGAAGAAGAACAGACAACUGCAGUUCUUCAGAGUGAUGAAGAUGAUAGAGGAAGUGUCAGUGGUGAUACUGAACCUCCAGAGAAUGGUAGUGCAGUGCCAGAGAAGAAAAUAGAGGAAGAGGUUGAGGAGGAGGAGGAGGGAGAUCCUGGCUUGGAAGAGGAAAAUAGUAAUCAAAGUGUAGAUGAGAGGGAAGUACCUGAAUUGGAGGAUUCUCCUCCCCCAACUAUUAAUGUUGUUCUGCCCUCUCCUAUUCGAUCAGGACUGAGAGUCAGGUCUGAGGUUUCAAGUGUGGAUGACAGCUUGGAGGGAAGCCAGGGUUUAUCUCAAGAGGUUCCUGAAGAUAGAGAUAUUCAGUGUAUAGUUAGUGAAGAGAGAAAUAUAAGUGAGAGAUCUGAUGAUAGUGUAAAUGAAAUUUACUCUGAAGUCACAACUGAAAAGAAAGAUCCAGAGGAACAGAUGGAAGUUGAAACAGAUGAAUUGUUAGUGGUUCAAGAAGCCCUUCCGCAGGAGGAAAUGGACGUAACUGACGUCAAAUAUAAUGUGGAGGAAAUGACUGUUAUUGAUGAAGUGGUAGAUGAUGGAGGUCAGGAAGAGAGGACCGAAACAGCCGGUGUAAAUGAAAUUGAAGGGCAGGAUGCUGUAGGAGAAACUGGAGAUGGGGAGAGUGAUUUCCGGACUGAGCCUGAUACUGAAAUGGUAUCAGAGGAUGAACUUCCAACAGAAAGUUCAAAGGAACCCUUAGAAACAGAAGCAGUGUCAGAUGAAGAACUCCCAGAUCCCACAGCAACAGUAGAUUUGCCAGAGACUGAAGCUGUUUCAGAAGAUGAACUCCCACCGGAGAAAACAGACAAAAAGAAGAAGAGGGCUGCAGCAAAGCAAGCUGCUUCAGGUAAUGUAUCUAAACCUGAAGCAGGCAAGAAGAAAGCUCGCUCUUCUGAGGCAAAGAAGAGAAAGCUUCUGGAUGGAGACACGUAUGAUCCAAGUUCUCCUACUUCAGAGAACAGUUGUGACGAGAGUCCUGCCGCCAAACGAGCAGCUGUCAGUAAUGCAAGCAGUGGAACUCAGGCCAAACCUGUCACGAAGGCUCGCAAGUCCCUGCCUGAGUUAGAGAAAUAUUGGAAAGCUGUGAAGGAGGACCCUUCUGACUUUACUGGCUGGACAUACCUACUCCAGUAUGUAGACCAAGAGAAUGAUAUUGAAGCAGCUCGUGAGGCAUAUGAUGCUUUCUUGUCGCAUUAUCCGUACUGUUACGGAUAUUGGCGCAAAUAUGCGGACUAUGAGAAGAGAAAAGGCAACAAAGAGAAGUGUGAAGAGGUGUUUGAACGUGGACUGAAGGCCAUCCCUCUGAGUGUGGAUCUUUGGAUCCACUUCCUCAAUUAUUCGAAGGCAACCUACCCUGAGGAUGAAGAACAUCUCCGUGCUCAAUUUGAGAAAGCCAUCAGUGCAUGUGGAAUGGAAUUCAGGUCGGAUCGCCUCUGGGAGAGCUACAUCAAAUGGGAAAAUGAGGGUAAAAGACUUCAGAAUGUUACAGAUCUGUAUGAUCGGCUGUUGACUACACCUACACAGGGCUAUACCAACCACUUUGACAAUUUUCAGGAGCAUAUUAGCAGUAACCCUCCACAGAAAGUGCUUUCUGUGGAUGAGUUUUUAACACUUCGGCGGGAAGUUCUUCAGAUGUUGAAGCAAUAUGAUCAGCCAACUGCUGUUGCUGAUGACACUGCUCCAGGUGAAGAGGUUGAAGCACCGCCAGGAGAGGAACCAGAUGAACAGCCAGUGGUUAAAACUGAUGAAGAAACCACAGCUUUGAGGGAAAGGAUUAUCUCCAUUCGUAGGAAAAUACACAAGAUAACUGUAAGUGCUGUAGCAGACAGGUGGAACUUUGAGGAAGGGAUAAAGAGACCAUACUUCCAUGUGAAACCUUUGGAACGCUGCCAAUUGAAAAAUUGGAAAGAGUAUCUGGAUUAUGAAAUUGAACAGGGUGACCAGGAACGGAUUAUUAUCCUCUUUGAAAGGUGUCUCAUUGCUUGUGCAUUGUAUGAAGAAUUCUGGAUCAAGUUCAUCCGUUAUCUUGAAAGCCUGAAAGGAGAUAUGAUGGACAAAAUCCGCAACGUGUAUGAGCGAGCUUGCACUAUCCAUCACACAAAGAAACCAAAUCUCCAUCUUCAUUGGGCAGUCUUUGAAGAAAGCCAUGGGAAUUAUGACAGGGCUUCAGAAAUCCUGAACAACUUGGAAAAGCUCGUUCCCAACAUGCUGCAAGUUGCAUACCGGCGGAUCAACUUGGAGAGGCGAUGUAAUAAUAUGGAAAAUGUUUGUGCUCUGUAUGAACACUAUAUCUCCAAUACUAAAAAUAAAGUAAUCUCCAACAACAUGGCUAUCAAAUAUGCCAGAUUUUGCUGGAAGGUAAAAGGAGAUAUUGAGAAAGCUGUCUCUAUUUUGAAUAAAGCUGUUGAGAAGGAUAAGGACAAUCCUCGUCUGUAUCUCCAGCUUAUUGACAUGGGUCUGCAAGUGAAUCCUCUGGAUGAAAACAACAUCAUUUUUAUUAUCGAUCAGUUCCUAUCCAGAGAUACAGACCCAGAACAAAAAGUUCUCUUUGCUCAGAGAAAAGUUGAGUUCCUUGAAGAUUUUGGAUCAGAUAUUCUCAGUGUUCAGAGAGCACACGAUGAAUUUCAGCGUUAUUUCAAGCAGGCAAAAGAUAGGAAGAAGAAGUCUCCAGAACUGGAUGCCAAAAACUUGGAUGGUACAUCCAAGAAGGCAAAGAACACUUCUGCAGUUGUGGACGGCACUCAAGUACAUUCAGGCCACACGUCAUCACAUUCUUCCCCGCAGGCAACACACAGUGGCACAGGUCAACAGGCUCCACAAACUCCAAGUGGGGCUCAGCCACAAACAGCAACAACUGGAACAGGACAGUAUCCACCUCCUACCUAUGGGCAAACAGGAGGAUAUUCACAGCAACCUCCAACUCAGGCAGGCUACCAGGGAGGGCAGUACCCACCUACAGGGCCCCAACAACCACCAGCGGCCUACAGCCAGCCACCGUACAAUCAACAAUAUACCCAGUCCAGUGAUCCCAACUAUGCCAACUACCAGAAUUGGAGCUAUUCUCAGACAGGGUAUGGGGGUUACAACCAGGGUUGGGGUAACUAUAAUUACUACUAAACUAGAAUCAGUAUCUGUCCAUGUAUGUGCAGAAAGUUUUAUAAAUAUAUAAUUCAAAAAAUCUUGCAGUGUUUCUUACAUAUAUUUCAGUGAUAGAUAUUGUUGAUUGAAAUGGACGGGGUUGGCUGUGAUGCUGGUACAAAUAAAUGUGAGAGCCUAAUGGUUAGUGCAAAGAUGGUGUAAUAGUUAAAAGCUGCAGCACAUAGUUAAACCUGACAUUAAAAAUGGAAAUUUUCAAUUGUGUUUCAAAUAAUCAUACACUGGUGUAACACAAAUUCAUAGUACCCUAUUUGGAUCCACUGGUUGAAAUUACAUGACUACAGCCAAAUGUUAAUAAAAUCACAUUUUGAGAUCACUGUUAAUAUGUCUUGAAGUGUGCAAUUUUUAAACAGAAUCAGAUAUUUAUGUCUGUUCUAUGUACCGCAUUUAUAAAAUUAUUAACUUAAGUAGAAAAGAAGUAAAUGCACAUAGUGCCAUGUAUGAUUGCUGUGAAUAGGUAGAAACACUCCAGUUGUGUAGUUACAGUUGUGCUUUAGGUUCCUUUGCCAGAUAUGCGACUUCAUUUUCCGCCAGCAUUGCAGUACUGACAAAACUUGAAACAUGGGAACCAUUUGUUUUUGGAGUUAUAAGUGUAUUGUUUUAGUAUUGAUCUGUAGAUAUUAGUUUCUUUUCUACAAGUCUAGUUUCACUCUCCUUGAUGAUGGAUUCAUGUCAUUUUUUAUAUUUUCUUAGUUUCACCUUCUGUAGAUAUUAUAUUUGUCCGUGUUUGAAUGUGUAGAAUGAAGUGAAUAAUCAUUCAAAGAGCGAAGAAGAGCAUUUACUUUUUGUAAAUCAAAAAUUUACAUAACUGUCAUUCUUUGUAUGUUUUUGCCCAUUGUGCAGUUAGAGGCUGCAGUAAAAAGAAACUGGUGGUUCCUAGUCCUUAAACCCUGUACUUUAUUCAAACUUUGGCAAUGAUGAAAUAAAUAUACGAGGUUCAAGAAGGUUUUUCUAGUGUAUGUUUGAACAUGAUUAAAUUUUGUUACAAAGUUC